GUGAAGAACACGUGGUGCAAAGGAGUUUUUCAUACAUUCUCAAUUAUUUUAUCGUAUGAGUGCGUUUCGACUUCGAUCCUUCGGCGAAGAAAGUAAUAAGUGCAUUUCGAAUGUGUUCUGUUUGAGAGAAUAAGAAGAAGAAAAGGUAUUUUCCAAUUUCUGCCGACACAAAGUCGCGUUUAUAUCAUGUCGAGUUCAUCGAAAAAAUUCUGUUCCCUGAAAGAUAUAGAGAAGAGAAAUUCUGAACCAACAACUAACGAAAAAGAAGAGAUGCAAGAAUAUGAAAAGAGAAUCUUGCAGUGCAUUCUGGCGGAAAAGAUAAUUCCAACGGAUCUUAAACAUUGGUCAUUCUUUCAUUUCCUAAAGACGGAAUUUAUUCAACAAAUUCACAUGGUUAUAGUUUGUAAUAACGAUAGUAAAGCUAUAAUUGUGACGAAGGACAAGAAUGUCUAUAACUUAGAUAAUGAAAAAAAGUAUGUAAAGACUGGUAACGUACGUAUUGCUUCUUAUGCAAAAAAGAUAAAAGAAUUGUGUGGAAAAAACAUUCAGACCUUUGCUCACAACCGGGAUUUCGUCCUGGCACUUACAGAGGAGGGAGAGCUUUAUAUCUACAAAUUCACGAAAAAAAAAAGACGCGGUUCGUAUUUGGAGCAAUCCGACGUACCCACGUUUACUCGAAUUACCGGCUUAAAGGACAAGCGUAUCGUGGACAUUGCAUGCGGCAGUUAUCAUUUUCUCGCUCUGACUAGCUCUGGAAAGGUGUAUGCUUGGGAAGACGUUAUUUAUAUGCAGCAAGGUAAUGAAAACACAGCUAUUUUUGAUGGUAGUGUGAGACAAAUAAAACAUGGAUUGGAGAAGAAGAAUGUUGUUUAUAUCGCGUGUGGUCAUAAAUUCAAUAUGGUUAUAACUGACGAAAACAAGCUAUACGGUUGGGGCAAAAACGAUAAAUUCCGGAUUUCACCGGAUUUCUACCGGACGCAAGAAGAAUAUUACACGAAAUAUCCACACGAAAUUACCACAUUCUCGGAUAAAAUAGUUAAGAUGGUCUGUGGAUUCUCUCAUAUGUUGGCGCUCACAGAUAAAGGAAAAAUCUAUGGCUGGGGCAGUAAGGAACAAGUGGGCAUAAACAACUACUUCGAAUCCUCCGGUUCAAUCGUGCAGUUGAACGUGCCUCAAAUGGGGAAGGUUUUGAAUAUUGAUGCCUAUGGUAAUAUGAGUGUUGCCGUUGGUUAUGACAGGACCAUCUAUGUAUGGGGAUGGUACUUCUGCCAAGAUAUUACCCAACCUCGUCCCACGAAGUUUUCAAGAAUUUUUGAUGUAUUUAUGCACAGUGCAUGGAGUCUGAAUAAGCCAUUGAUUAUGCAUGAUUCUUUACACACUGUGCGAAUUACGAAUAAUUACAAUUACAAGUAUACUGAAGUAUUAAGUAUAUUUGAAUCCUUAAAAGCAGCAUUUGAUGAUCCGUUGACGAGCGAUCUUACCGUACAAGUCGAUGGACGACCUAUUUAUGUUCACAAGACUAUCCUUAAGAUUCGUUGUCAAUAUUUUAGAAACAUGUUUCAACAUAAUUGGAUUGAAAAUAUUCAGAGCAUAUCAGUGUACACCGUAUCGGAUAAAUUUUCCUACGUCAUUUAUAAAGCUUUCUUGAAAUAUUUAUAUACCGGUAUAAUCGAUUUACCUGCGGAGAACGUAUUAGAACUUAUGGAAUUGGCCGACAUGUAUUGUGAAACCAAUCUUAAAGAAGAUUGCAAUCAGAUAAUAAAGCAAACCAUCACUGUGUCAAAUGUAGCAUUCUUUUACAAUAAAGCGAUCGAAUACAAUGCUAAGGAACUCGAGGAGUUCUGCCUUCAGUUUGCUUUCCGUCACAUGACAUUGUCGAAAGAUUAUAAUAAAUUAGAUAUGAGCAUUCUGGCUAAGUGUACACAGAGAGCAGCGAUAGACAAUGACGCUAUUAUCACAUCGUCGACAUUUUGUUCCUUGAAUAAAAAUGUAAAGAACAGAAAUUUAGAAACAUCAACUAAAAAAUAUGAGAUGCUAAAAUGUGAGAAGAGAAUCUUGCAAUGCCUUCUAGCGGAAAAGUUAACGUCAAUGGAUCUUAAAAGAUGGCCGUUCUUUCAUCUUCUAAAGUCUGAAUUUAUCUCAGAAAUUCACAUGAUUAUGCGAUAUAAUUUCCAUGGUACUAGAGCUAUAAUUGUGACAAAGGACAAGAAUGUUUAUAACUUCGAUCAUAAAACGAAGUAUUUAAAGACUGGUCGCUCAUAUAUUGCUUACUAUUUAAAUGAAAUAAAAGAAUUGUGUGGAAAAAACAUAAAGACCUUUGCACAGAGAUAUAGUUUUAUCCUGGCACUUACAGAAGAGGGAGAGGUUUAUUUCAGCGAAAUCGCGAAUAAAUGUUCCAAUAGUAAGACUUCUGACGUAUUCACGUUUAUACGAGUCGUCGACUUAAGCGACAAGCAUAUCGUGGACAUUGGAUGCGGACAGGAUCAUGAUCUCGCUCUGACUAGUGAUGGAAAGGUGUAUGAAUGGGGGAAAAAGAAUUGGGAAGAAGAAUAUUCGAAACAAAGAUAUUUCGAUGAUAGUGAUUGGAAAGAAAAUUAUGAUUCGGAAGAAAAUAAUAGUCAGGAUGAUAAUAAAAACGCAGCUUAUUUUAGUGUGCCAUGGCAGGUGAAACAUGAAUUGGAGAAAAAGAAAGUUGUCCUUAUUGUGUGUGGUUUAACUUUUAACAUAGUUGUAACUGAUGAAAAUAGAAUAUACGGUUGGGGCGAUAACAAGCGCGGCCAGAUUUCAAUCGUCCGGCAGCAAAAAUAUUACAAACGCCCACGCGAAAUUAUCAAAAUCUCGGAUAAAAUAGUUAAGAUAGUCUGUGGACGCGCUCAUGUGUUGGCGCUCACAAAUAAAGGAGAAGUCUAUGCCUGGGGCGAUAACAGACGUGGACAAGUGAGAGUAAAUAAGAACAGGAUUUCCGGUCCGACCGUGGUGAAUGUCCCCGAGAUGGGAAAGGUUUUGGAUAUCGCUGCUUGUGAUGACUACAGCGUUGCCGUUGGCUAUGAUAAAAUUAUCUAUCUAUGGGGUUCAUAUUAUUGGAAUAAAAUUACUAUCCCGUUUCCUACCAAGUUUUCGAAUAUUCAUGACGUGUUUGCGCACAAUAUAUGCUCGCACUAUUUAAUUGUGUUAACGAAUAAUUUCAAGUAUGUUAAAGAAGUAUUGAAUAUAUUGGAGUCUCUAAAAGCAAUAUUUGAUGAUCCGUUGACGAGUGAUCUUACCAUACGAGUCGAAGAACGAUCUAUUUAUGUUCACAAGGCUAUCCUUAAGAUUCGUUGUCAGUAUUUUAAAAACAUGUUUCAACAUAAUGGGACUAAAAAUAUUCAAAGAAUAUCAGAUUCGGUGUACACGGUAACAGAGAAAUUUUCUUAUGUCGUUUAUAAAGCCUUCUUGAAAUAUUUAUAUAUCGGCAAAAUCGAUUUACCUGCAGAGAACGUAUUAGAACUUAUGGAAUUGGCCGACAUGUAUUGUGAAGCCAAUCUUCUAAAAGAUUGCAGUCAGAAAAUAAAGGAAGUCAUUACUGUGUCAAAUGUAGCCUUCUUCUACAAUAAGGCGAUCGAAUACAAUAUUAAGGAACUCGAGGAAUUCUGCUUCCUGUUUGCUUUGCGUCACAUGGAAGCUGUAAUACUAUCGGAUGAGUUUAUUAAGUUAGACACGAGUACAAAGGAUAACUUAAUACGCGUAGCAGCUAAAAGAAAUAUGUUCGGUAUAUGAUUCUUUUGACAAAAGUUUCGAUUUAAAUUGCACAUUGUUUUUUUAUUUGUAUACAUGAAUCAAUGAAGCUAUACAUGUCCAAUAAACCUUGUUCUUGUUUCGAUUCCAUUUUU